AUGUUUGGAAAGGCGAAGAUGGAAGACUCGCAACUGUUUCCAAGCGAUGAUACGGUCACGUCCAUACCAGCGGCGAGCAAUGGCGAUGCAGAAAAGCAAGACAUAUCAGAGCAUCGCAAAAAUGAGAAUGUAUCUGCGUACAAAGCGCUCGGAUGGCUCGAUCGUUUUCUCGCGGUAUGGAUCCUCCUGGCGAUGAUCAUUGGCAUCCUGCUGGGCAACUUCGUCCCGAGUACGGGCCCGGCGUUGCAGAAGGGGAAGUUCGUCGGUGUAUCAAUACCCAUUGCCAUCGGCCUGCUGGUAAUGAUGUAUCCAAUCUUGUGCAAAGUCAAGUAUGAAACACUGCAUAGAGCGUUUGCGAAGAAGGAGCUUUGGAUCCAAGUCGGCUUCAGCAUCAUCUUGAACUGGAUCGUUGCUCCUUUGGUAAUGCUCGCACUUUCCUGGGCUUUCCUGCCCGAUAAGGAAGGCCUCCGAGAGGGUUUGAUUCUCGUCGGGCUUGCGCGCUGCAUCGCAAUGGUCCUUAUAUGGACCGGUCUCGCCGGUGGCGACAGCGAGUACUGCGCAAUCCUGGUCGCGAUCAACUCUAUUCUGCAGAUGGUCCUCUUCGCCCCUCUCGCAAUAUUCUUUAUUAACAUUAUUAGCGGCUCGAAAUCCACUAUUACCGUCUCUUACUCCACGGUCGCAAUCAGCGUCGCCGCAUUCCUUGGAAUACCACUCGGUGCUGCCAUCAUCACACGGUUCGCCCUUCGCAAGCUCACCAGCCCCGAUUGGUACGAAAAGGUCUUCUUGAAGCUGGCUGCGCCUUGGUCAUUAAUCGGGCUUUUGUACACGAUUCUUGUGCUUUUCGCUAGCCAAGGCCGGCAAGUCGUACACCAGAUUGUCUCGGUAGUACGAGUGGCGGCGCCACUGAUCGUCUACUUUGUCGUUAUCUUCGGCCUAACGCUGCUUGUAACCCACAAAUUAGGCUUCGGGUACAAGCUCUCCGCGACACAGUCAUUUACGGCUGCUUCGAAUAAUUUCGAAUUGGCAAUUGCGGUGGCAGUAGCAACGUACGGACCAAACAGUGACCAGGCACUUGCUUCAACAGUCGGACCGUUGAUCGAAGUGCCGGUGUUGCUGGGUUUGGUGUACUUUGUGCGAUGGUUUGCCAACAAGAGAGGCUGGGAGUGA